AUGAAACCAUAAUGUGUUUAUUUAUACGUUAAAAAAAAAAUAGAAACAAUAAUUAAAAUUCUGCAGCCUAAGAAAAUAGAUGGUGAUAGGUCAUCAAGAUCAAGAUCAGUAACACCACCUCUUAAUAUAGCAGCAAAAACCAAAAUGUUCAGUUAACAUUGA